AUGGAGCUGCCAGCAUGGAGGGCAUCAGCUCUCGAGGCUGCUUCUCAAUCUCUAUUUGAUGAGAGUUCCACUCGUUCCGAAGAUGCCAGUGUGUUAUUGGUCCUACUGUCGUUCUUUUCUCCCUGCGAAAAAAUCCCGUUGAUCCUUUUUGUACGCGGUUCAACGUCAAGGAAACGCUGGACAGUUGAAGGCAAUAUUGAGUUUGCUGAUGCGGCCAGAGUUGGGCUGGCCUCGGAGUUGGUGGACCUAUUAUCAGAUGCUCAGCGACUUACACAGGCUUUUGGUGAGCUGUGUCGGUCUGCGGCAGUGCUCAGAUGCCCCAAUGAGACAUACCAUUUGAACGAGGAUAUGUCAGCACGGGUUCAUCGAAGCCUGGCGCCAGAUACUUUACCCUUCUGGCGACAGCAGGCACUAAUCGUGGCGUACAGGGCAAUACCUUGGAAGUAUAUCGAGUUUCCCGGCCCUGUAGUCAGAUCGUUUCUGCCACAUUUGCAUCAUGUUGCAGAGGCGUUCCAAGACUGCUUCGAAGAGCUACCUAGCGCGGCCAGGACCGACUUUAUGCUUACACUUAUCGAGGCUUUCCGGUUCCCAGAUAUGGCCUGGAAGUACUUCGCCAUUGGCCAGGCUGAAUUGGCUGCUGGCCGACUGAAAGACACACACCUUCGCCUUUGCAUCGGCCAGACCAAGGCAGUGCUGGGACGCCUCAGUGGAAACAUGGACGAGGCCGUCAGUAGUCUUGACGGCAUUGUGUCAAAUGACUCGGCUGCCGCUGCAAGUAAACGAGUACGAUGCGAGGUUGGUGUUGCAGUCAUUCAGCGUUCCUUGAAUUGUAUCCAAGUUGCGGAUCUUUCCACAGCACAGGAACUACUGGAGGAUUGGGAUCCCUAUGACGCAGAGCCAUCUCCCUUGGAAAGGAUUCUUAGCUUUCGCAAAUUUUCGUUGCUGGGACGAGUCAUGCGCCUACAAGGCAACUUCAGCAAGGCAUUGGGACUUCUAAAAACAGCACACCAGGCGUCGCAGAUACCAAGCGAACUCGUUUUCGACGAGGACCUCCGCGAUCUCACAUGUGACCUGGCUGACACUUUACGAGAACUCAACGAACCCGUGGCUGGUGAGGGAUAUCUUCGUACAGAGAUCAUACGGCGAACGCAGAGGCCAGACUCAUUGCCUGGUAAAUCGCUCCUGGAAUUGGCUUUAGCUGAGGCUCUUUUUGCUCAGGAACGCUAUGGAGAGGCAAAAGAGAUAUGCGUCGACAUUGAGUCGCGAGUGAGUCUUCUCAAGUACGAGAGGUUGCGCGUAAAUGUUAUAUUGGCAAAGCUAUCACAUAUCCGAUCGGAAUUCGAUGUGGCACUGUCACGAUGGAGUGAAGCGAUGCAGGCAUUGCAGGAGUUUUCCCUGGUAGAUGGACAGGUACAGAACAUCAUCUCUGCGUCAAUGGCCGAUGUUUUGGACUCUCAAGGUCACAACUGGCUGACGAAAGAAUCCCCUCGAAAGGCUUCGCUGACAGAAUUGGCAAAGCCAGAGGGUGUACCACAUUGGAUUGCUGGUUUUCGGCAAUGGGCAGAAUACCUCCAGUCCAAGGGCACCGGAUAG